CUGAGGAGGCGAGUGAGGGACUGUCUGAGAACCCGGCGACAAAAAUUCGGGUUCUGGAUUUGACAUUUUGACGACGCGGAGGGACGAGAUUAAGUGUCGGGGAAACAAGAACCUGGUUCAUUUGAAUAGUUUUUAGAUUUGUUGAGGAAAAGGGUCGCUUUUCGGAUGGGAAUUUCGGCUAAGCGAGCUGGUUAGCCUGAGUUAGCAUGGCACCGAGCUAGCUCAACUUUUAGCUACUUUUCGCGCGAGCUAUUCCUGUCACGAACAAAAAACAAAUAAGUAAAUAAAUGAAUAAAAAUGUUCCGCUGCAUUUGUUACACUUAGUUGAGGUGAAUUUCUGGGCGUUAAUCUCUCCUCCAACGAGCUAGCCUGGACAGUUAGCUAGCUCCCGUCGCUCUGUCAGGGCGCAAGCGGUGAAGAGUGACCGAGAGCCCGUGCUUGAGACGCCGGGAGACGGAAGAGUGAGCCUGAAGCCCGGGGCGGCCCGUUUUCGCCCCGCAAGUAACGCCAUUUCUAACCGAGAGUCUUGACACAUCGCAUAUUUAGGUGUACCUGGGAUUUUCUUUGGAUUUUUUUUCUCUGAAAGCCGGAGUUUUCUUCUUCUGUGAGCCGGGGAAGGAACCGGACAGAGAGCCUCAUGAAUGGAAAUCGGAACUUCAGGAGUCGUUGGGGCCCAGUCCCUGUUCUCCAUGCCCCGGAGGCCUGGCUAUGGCACCAUGGGGAAGCCCAUCAAGCUGCUGGCCAACUGCUUCCAGGUGGAGAUCCCCAAGAUGGACGUCUACCUCUACGAGGUGGACAUUAAACCGGAGAAGUGCCCACGCAGAGUCAACAGAGAGGUGGUGGACUCCAUGGUGCAGCACUUCAAGGUGACCAUCUUCGGGGAUCGUCGGCCAGUCUACGAUGGAAAGAGAAGCCUGUACACAGCAAACCCACUUCCUGUGGCUCCCGCAGGGGUGGACCUGGACGUCACGCUGCCGGGAGAAGGAGGCAAAGACAGACCUUUUAAAGUCACCAUUAAGUUUGUGUCUCUGGUCAGCUGGCACCUGCUGCAUGAGGUGCUGACCGGCCGCAGCAUGCCGGAGCCCCUGGAGCUCGACAAACCCAUCAGCACCAACCCGGUGCACGCAGUGGACGUGGUGCUCAGACACCUGCCCUCCAUGAAAUACACUCCAGUGGGCCGCUCGUUCUUCUCCGCUCCAGAGGGCUAUGACCAUCCUCUGGGAGGAGGAAGAGAGGUCUGGUUCGGCUUCCAUCAAUCCGUUCGACCCGCCAUGUGGAAGAUGAUGCUCAACAUUGACGUGUCCGCCACGGCCUUUUACAAAGCACAGCCAGUCAUCCAGUUCAUGUGUGAGGUCCUGGACAUCCACAACAUUGAUGAGCAGCCCCGCCCUCUCACGGAUUCCCACCGAGUCAAAUUCACCAAAGAAAUCAAAGGUCUUAAGGUGGAGGUGACGCACUGUGGAACCAUGCGGAGGAAGUACCGAGUGUGUAACGUGACCCGCCGACCUGCCAGCCAUCAAACGUUCCCCUUGCAGUUGGAAAAUGGGCAAACGGUGGAACGGACCGUCGCUCAGUAUUUCCGAGAAAAGUACAACCUGCAGCUGAAGUACCCUCACCUGCCGUGUUUGCAGGUCGGCCAGGAACAGAAACACACGUACCUGCCCCUGGAGGUGUGUAAUAUUGUAGCAGGGCAGCGAUGCAUCAAGAAACUUACUGAUAAUCAGACGUCCACCAUGAUCAAAGCUACAGCACGCUCAGCACCAGACCGACAGGAGGAGAUCAGCAGACUGGUACGCAGUGCCAACUACGAGGCCGACCCGUUUGUGCAGGAGUUCCAGUUCAAGGUGCGGGACGAGAUGGCUCACGUGACGGGCCGUGUGUUGCCCGCGCCCAUGCUGCAGUACGGGGGCAGGAACCGGACCGUGGCCACGCCCAGUCACGGUGUGUGGGACAUGCGGGGAAAGCAGUUUCACACCGGUGUGGAGAUCAAGAUGUGGGCCAUUGCAUGCUUUGCCACGCAGAGACAAUGCCGCGAGGAGAUCCUGAAGGGGUUCACAGAUCAGCUGCGUAAGAUCUCGAAGGACGCCGGGAUGCCCAUCCAGGGUCAGCCGUGUUUCUGUAAGUACGCACAGGGAGCUGACAGCGUGGAGCCCAUGUUCAGACACCUUAAGAACACCUACGCCGGCCUGCAGCUCAUCAUCGUCAUCCUGCCCGGGAAAACACCUGUCUAUGCGGAGGUGAAGCGCGUCGGAGACACUCUCCUAGGAAUGGCCACUCAGUGCGUGCAGGUGAAGAACGUAGUGAAGACGUCACCACAGACGCUCUCCAACCUCUGCCUCAAGAUCAACGUCAAACUCGGCGGCAUCAACAACAUCUUGGUACCACAUCAACGGCCAUCAGUGUUCCAGCAGCCUGUGAUCUUCUUGGGUGCAGAUGUCACACACCCUCCUGCUGGAGACGGGAAAAAGCCGUCCAUUGCUGCAGUGGUAGGCAGUAUGGACGCCCAUCCCAGUCGGUACUGUGCCACCGUACGGGUACAGAGGCCACGGCAGGAAGUGAUUCAGGACUUGGCCUCCAUGGUACGUGAGCUUCUCAUCCAGUUCUACAAGUCCACUCGAUACAAGCCCACCCGGAUCAUCUUCUACAGGGACGGUGUGUCCGAGGGCCAGUUCAGACAGGUGCUGUAUUAUGAACUGCUGGCAAUCAGGGAGGCCUGCAUUAGCCUGGAGAAAGAGUACCAGCCCGGGAUCACCUACAUUGUGGUGCAGAAACGCCACCACACCCGUCUGUUCUGCGCCGACCGCAAUGAAAGGGUGGGCCGCAGCGGAAACAUUCCUGCUGGUACGACCGUCGACACAGACAUCACACACCCUUACGAGUUUGACUUUUACCUCUGCAGUCAUGCUGGAAUACAGGGCACAAGUCGCCCCUCUCACUACCACGUGCUGUGGGACGACAACUGCUUCACAGCCGACGAGUUCCAGCUGCUGACCUACCAGCUGUGCCACACGUACGUGCGCUGCACACGCUCCGUCUCCAUCCCUGCACCUGCCUACUACGCCCACCUGGUGGCCUUCCGUGCCCGCUACCACCUGGUGGAUAAAGAGCACGACAGUGCCGAGGGAAGCCACGUCUCGGGUCAGAGUAACGGCCGAGACCCCCAGGCUCUGGCCAAAGCUGUGCAGAUUCACCACGACACCCUGAGGACCAUGUACUUCGCCUGAGAGCCCUGAUUCAUCCCACUCGCUCCCCCACACACAACCUAAACGCGGACCGGACACUGUGCGGCAGGAAGCAGGGGGUUUCCGUGGGGGUCUCGCCAAUCCCAAAUCCGGCCUGAGAGCGCACACAGAGCGCACACCUGCUUUAAUAUCACACCCGAAACUUAGCACUGUUAUGCAAUAUUAAACCAGCCAACCACGUUUUCUUAUUUAUUUCAGAUGAAGGUGACCCUUGCACCAAACAAAAGGGAGUCCCCUACCCACCCACCCCUUCGCCCUGCCCCGUCUGUCUGCUUGAUCUGUUUACCUCAAGGUUGUAACAGCAGCACUUUUUUUUUUUUCCCCUUGACCGCCCAGUUUUUUUUUUUGCAGAAUAACAUCCAAGAGCGUCGAAAAGAGGAGUUAGGAAAGGGACAAGUUUGUCUUCUGCUAGAUCGACAAGUGUCCAUUGUUAUGAAUUAUGUUAGGAAUAUCUUAAAUUCACACACAAACUCUCAUUCUAAGUGCCACCCAGAUGUUAUUACAGACUUUUUUUUUUUCCUCUUCUUUCUUUGAGUUUUGUUUCCCCUCAAGCUUCGUGCCGAGUGAGUUAGUCGUCCCACGGCGGUCCAGAUCACUGAGCUUUCAUUUACUACAGUGCAAAGUGAUCUUAUUUUUAAUGUUUGUGUAUAAAAUUGUCGGUUUUAUUUUUAAUUGCUCCCAGUAUUUAUUUGCUUGUAUUUUUACAUUUUUUUUUUUCACCACUCCCGUCCCCUCCCCUCCAGCAUUCUCUUCUUUUCUUUUUUUUUUUCUUUCUUUUGUUUUAAAAAUCAAGUAGAGGCCAUGUUCUAGGACAGAUUGUGAUAUUCCAGUUUUAGUGCAAUAAUCGAUCAGCGCCUAUGUAGAGUACAGCUUUCUGGAUCGUGCGAGAAUGGAGUAGGGAUAAGGAUGUGAGGAAAAUGAUCGCAACCUGGUGCUCUGUAUCUGAAUAGGAGAUGGAGGGUUGUAGAAUACAAGACCGAAACAUGUACGUUUGGCACUUUUACAGCUGCAUGCGCAUAUUUAAAAAAAAAAAAAAAAAUUAUAUAUAUAUAUAAAAUAGAUCUCUGAUGAGGGUUCAAAAUCAAGUGCCUGGUUUUAGAAAAGGAAUAUUUUCUAGAAGGUUUUUUUCAAUGAAAGAGUUUAAGGAAACGGUUAAUGCAGUGCAUUAAGAUGCUCAAGUGCGCAGUUUUGCUUUGCUGGAGUUUUUUUUUUUUUUUUUAAAGGCUUCGAGGUCACAACGGUAUUCGAGUGCAGAAAGCCAUGAUCUGUUCUUAACUUGUGUUUUUGCAAUGGAACGACGUUAAGAAUUUCUUUCACUGAGCAGUAUUGCAUGGCCUUUAGGUCAUCUUUGGAUUUUCGAGUCUUUCAUAGCCUCCCAGCUUUUUAAUCCUGCCCAGCAGAAACGUCUCGUACCAUCGUCUGCCACUUCUUCUGAUCAGGAUCUAGCUGCUAUUGUACACGUUCCUUUGACGAGACUGACGGUGUGCUUCAGGUUCAUUCGAGGACGAAAGAGAGAGAGUGUGGCGAUGGUGAGGGAGAGAGAGAGCAUGCAUGCUUGUUCGCCAGAAGGCCAGUAGAGGGCAGCGUAGAGUUUUACUUGCAGGCUCUCUUGCUCCUUCUGAAGCACUUUCCGUUUUGUAAGCGAGGGGACGGUAACCUGCACUAAUUAAAGCUGAAUAAAGCUUGGUGCUAUACUGUGCGUCGUUUAUGGCGCACGCUACAGAGAUUUUGACGCGAGGGUGGGAACAUUGAGCGUGUAAAUGGUGCUGGAGACGCAUCCCUUUGUUAGAACAGACAUUUGGUCGCGUUUGAUCAGGCGUGCUGAAGAGGACGGAUGUGGUACCUACGAUGCCGAUGCCUCAGUCUCAACCUCAAACCAGUUCACGUCAUGUUAAAUGGUCCUGAUGGCGUUUAUCAGUUUUAUUACUUACUGGAAAAAUCCGACUUCCUUUCCAAUCCAGAGCUGAUGGUGUAUUUAUAACUUUGUGUGCGUGUGUGUGUUUUAAAUGAUUUCAUAGACAAAAAUGUAAUUGUACUGACUUUUUUUGAGAUGUAGUGAAUACUAUAGACAGUGGUGCAAGAUUGUAGAGAUAUGUAGAGACUAAGAAUGUGCUUUUUAAGGCUGUACUUUGUGUCUGAAGCAGAGAUAUUAGUGCAUGUGCUAAAGUUGAGCAUCACACCGAGCUUGAAUGCAUCACCAUCUAAUCAGGUGAUACAGAAUAGUUUCUGAACUUUGUACCAAUCUCGUUUUCGUUUUCCAAACAGUACCAAUGUUCUGAAAUAUCAAGUAAGCUCAUGACAAGCUUCUUUUGCCAAGUUAUAGAAAUCAUUACAAGCAUGUCGGUGUGCUUUAGGACAACUCGCGCGUGUCCUGCGUUAAUGUACAAGAUCUGUAUUGCGUAUUUCAACACCAUAUGAUCACGGCGCAAGUCAUCACUGAACCGGAUAAUCCGCCAGUUUAAACCUGAUCCAGUGCUGAUAUCGAUACUGUGAUUGAUUUUUAGUGCGUCUUUUUAAAUAACGGAACCACUAUCGGAGUUAUGUUUGGAUCAUCGGUUUUGUCCUACCACAACAAUGUAGAGUAUUUAUCAAUUCCUGUUUAAGGAACGUUCUGGUAGCAGAUGUUACGAAUAAAGCCGUGUAGCAUGUUGGACCGGAUGGUGCUGAGUGUGUAGCAGUUGUAUUUCGCCUCAUGAGUAUUUUUGGCGUCGUGUACCUUUAUUAUUAUUAUUUUUUUUUUUAAAUUCAGCACACUGGCUGACGUUUUGCUCUCCUUUCAUGAGGACUGAAGUCGGUUCGAACCGCAAUCUAGGAACUCGUAGUAGGCCUUCGCCUUUUCAGUGUUUUCAGUGUAAAACGUGUGGAGCCAAAAGAGGUUAAAGUCCUUAGAAAGUGCCUUUCCUCAUGACGGUGCUGAAGAAUCCGAAUUUAAGUGGCAGAUCAAACGGUUAUUUAUCUUCUUACCUUGCACACAUGCACAAGCUUACAUUCACACGUUUUCAUCUAAAGGAUGAGGCUUGGCGAAGUCUCUGUGUAUAUUCAGUUAUAACGAUGAUAUAUGCCAAGUAUAUAUGUUUAAAAAAAAAAAAAAAAAGUGUAUAUGAUUUUGAGCUCUGGGUUUUGUGUCAGGACCAGCGGGGAAAGUGCUCAGGGGGGAAUUGGUUCACAGCCUGACACUGAGAGAAAAGCCUAGCACAGCACUUUAAAGACUGCCACCCAAACAGGAAGUAAAGACUGACGAUGACUUCUCUGAUUGUUUGGGGAUUUUAUUAUUAUUAUUUUUUUUUAAUCACAUAGGCAUGUGCCAGAUAAAAUAUGGUCACUUUCCCGACAUCCUGUUUAGGAGAACGUUUCCUAGAUAGGCAGCUUUUGCGGACAGUUUGCACUCUGAACGUAGUGCAGAGUCUCUCUCUCUUUUAUUUAAAGUCAAGCAAAACCCAGAAAUAAACACUGUUUGCAAAUCACAGCAAGUGUCCUGAUAGGCACACAUGUUUAAAUUAAAAAUAAAACCUUAGAACAAAAGUUUAUCAAUUUUAAGAGUUGAUCUUGCUUUAAAAAAAAAAAAAAGGCUUACCUGGCCACGGCCAUUUGCACUGAAAUCGGAUACACUACCGUUCAAAAGUUUGGGGUCACUUUGAAAUGUCCUUAUUUUUGAAAGAAAAGCACUGUUCUUUUCAAUGAAGAUCACUUUAAACUAAUCAGAAAUCCACUCUAUACAUUGCUAAUGUGGUAAAUGACUAUUCUAGCUGCAAAUGUCUGGUUUUUGGUGCAAUAUCUCCAUAGAGGCCCAUUUCCAGCAACUCUCACUCCAGUGUUCUAAUGGUACAAUGUGUUUGCCUCAGAAGGCUAAUGGAUGAUUAGAAAACCCUUGUACAAUCAUGUUAGCACAGCUGAAAACAGUUGAGCUCUUUAGAGAAGCUACCGACUAGUGGCCUAGUGGUAGCGUGUCCGCCUCUCGAUCGGGAGAUCGUGAGUUCUAUUCACGGUCGGUCGGGUCAUACCAAAGACCAUCAUAAAAAUGGUACCUACUACCAUCUGGCAAGGCACGCUGCGAUACAGAUGUGCAUGGGGAGUUGAACUCUCGUGGUUACCAGAGGACUAGCCCCCCACUGUAACCCUAGCUAUGUAAUAGGCGAGAGGCCGAGGGCUAUGGAAACGGAGAUCGGCGCCGCCCGAUGCGCCACCAUCAGAGUUGGGCCUGGUUAGUACUUGAGUGGGAGACUGCCUAGGAAUACCAGGUACUGGGCGUGGGAAGGACUUUGACUUUAGAGAAGCUAUAAAACUGACCUUCCUUUGAGCAGAUUGAGUUUCUGGAGCAUCACAUUUGUGGGGUCGAUUAAAUGCUCAAAAUGGCCAGAAAAAUGUCUCGACUAUAUUUUCUAUUCGUUUGACAACUUAUGGUGGUAAAUAAAAGUGUGACUUUUCAUGGAAAACACAAAAUUGUCUGGGUGACCCCAAACUUUUGAACGGUAGUGUAUCCGCUUGUGAAGUAACCAGCAUCUAGUUUGCCGUUUCCCUUAGUAACACAGCGCCAUCAAAUAAAGCCGUUUAAUUCUUUAAAAAAAAAAAAUCUCCGAGCACUGGGGCGCACUGCUUGUGUGUGUGUGUGUGUGUGUGUGUGUGCGCUGCUUCAAAUGGGUUAAAUGUAGAGAGAAUUUCACUGUGCUGUAAUGUAUACGUGACGCAUAAAGACUUGUAAAAAUCGAAUCAAAUUUUCUCUAACCAUGUGAUUUUUAUUUUUUACUUGCAACAAAAUACAAGAUUCAACAGACUUGCGAAGUUUAAAUCUCACUCCGUUAGAUGACGCAUACGCAGUACUGACGGAGAUGCUAGUAAACAAUGACUGUCAUAGCAACGGGAUUCUAGCUCUCUAAAAAGAUCACUUUUCUCAGUGGAUAAAAACAAACAAAAGCAUGUAGCAUAAAAUACAAGGACAUUUUUUUGUGGCGAGUGACAGUGUGAGUAGCCGGUGAUGGAGCGUUUAUAGGCAGAAAUGCGCUCCCAAAGGCUGUGUGUGUGUGUUCAUUGCGUCAAUGAAUCGGGCUUAUUUUUACACCCAAACACUUGACACUCGGUGGGGUUGUUUACAGCAGCUGAGGAGUGCUGUAUCCACUCGAGCUCAGCCUCAGGAAGUCAUGUGGGGUGUAAGUGGCGUCACAGUCUCGGAUUCUCUCGCGUAAUUUGUGCUCAGUGUGAUAUUUGAACCUCAGAGAGAGAGAGAUGUCUUAAAAUAAAAUUUUUACAAAGUAUACAGGUACAGAUAUGAACAAGUGGACACUCGAACAUGUCUUGUUUUGUAUGGAUAUUAUGUCAGUAUAAAGGAGUUUAUUUUGGGUUUUGUUUGCCUUUAAUGCCUGGAAGUUAGCCCCGCCCUCUUCUUGUUCCUUAUGAGUGAUUCCACGCUCAUGGGUACUGAAAUGGGGACAUGAACUUAUUUUUAAAAUUCACCUAAAACCAUUUCUUUUUUUUACCAUCAGGUCACAA